AUGUCUUCUUCACAAGCAGGUGCACACUUGAUACCGAACUCCAUCGCCGGUAUGAUCGGUUCUCUAGGAUGUGGAUUUGUGGUUCGACACACCAAGAAAUACUACUGGUUGAACUUCUGGUCAGGUUUAUUGGGCCUUGUUGGUGCUAUAUUGAUUUCUAUGUGGAAUCGGGACUCCUCCGAGUGGAUGCUCUGGACAAACUUAUCAUUCACGAGUUUCGCCAUGGGGGCUGUCACUACUUUGACCAUUGUCGCCCUCAUCGCAGAUGUCGGUCAUGAGCAUGUUGCGAUCGCCACCAGCUUGUCAUAUGUCUUCAGAACAAUCGGUCAGGUCUUGGGAGUCGCAUUAUCGGGCGCCUUGGCCCAAGCCAUCUUGCAGAAAGAGUUGAGUAAGAGAAUCACUGGACCCGGGGCUGAAGAAGCUUUGCACGCCGUCUUCUUAUGUGCAGUCAUCUUGAGUGUGGUAUACCUCCUCGCCGGUCUGGGGAUCAGAGAGAUUGAUAUGCACAAAGCGGUUAUUAAGCCUGCGAAUGGUCAAGAGGAGGAAGAAGAGGAAGAUAUCGUGGGAGAGGUGGUCGAGGCUCCUUAG